AUGGACGGAUUAGAGGACAAUAUUGUAGGAAGUUUGUUCCUCCAGCACGGAGAGGAUAAUGGAUACAAUCCAGAAGAUUUUAUUCAAGAGAUAAAUGUAGGUGCCUUGACACCACAUUUUCGCAUCUCUGUCGCCGAUGAUGACGGUGGAAUCCCCGGCUCACUUUUUGCCUGUGCCGUCUGGAAUGGAGCGAGAUUCAUUGCGAUACAUUUUGCAAGAUAUCCGAAUCUAGUGAAAGGUCGUACCGUCGUGGAGUUUGGUGCUGCGUCAGCGUUACCGUCGCUUGUAGCACUGCAUUUCGGAGCCAAGAUGGCCGUAAUGACUGACUACCCGAAUGAAUUGCUGUUGAAAAAUAUUGCGUCAAAUAUUCACCGUAAUGAGUCGCUACUGGGGAAUGGAAGACAUGAAGUUUGUGGACAUCUUUGGGGCAGUGAUACUGCAGGAUUGUUGAGAUGCCUUGAUGAAUCACAAUGUGUGAAGACAUCUAUGUCAGAAGGUGUGGAUUUGAGGAGGAUGGAUGUCAAGACGCGGUUUGACGUUGCAGUCGUCGCAGAGUGUCUAUGGUUGCAUCACUUGCACGAGGAUUUGUUGAAGUCCAUCGACUCGUGCUUGACGCCUUGUGGAAAAGCGUUCGUGAGCUUUGCGCAUCAUGUCCCGGGACACGAACAGAACGACUUGUCUUUUUUCACCAAGGCAAAGAAAUUGUACGGCUUCAAUGCCGUUCAUUUGGAUACACUAGCCUCGCCUCACGUCUUCAAUGCUGACCUAAUCGUGGACCAAUACCUGUACGUGCUCACAAGAUCAAACGAAAACUCGUCGAAUUGA